AUGUUGAAAAACGUAGACAUGUUGUCUGUGCUACUGUUAGUUUCUAUUUGUAGUGUGGUCUUAGGACAAUAUCGAUUAGACCCCCUAGUGUCAACGAACAGGGGUCUUAUACGAGGCCUCUUGUCCAGUGAAGGGUACGCAAAGUUCUUGGGUAUACCGUAUGCAGAGGUGGAUAAGAAUAAUCCUUUUGGGCCAUCAGUUCCUCAUCCAGGCUUUGAUGGAAUCUUCGAAGCAUACGAGUCUAAUGCAUGUCCUCAAGUGACAUUUAGUUCUCCAAUCGGGACCAUUGAUUGCCUGACCUUAAAUGUCUACGUACCAAGCACUGCGACCUCUCAACACCGCUUACCAGUAAUGGUAUGGAUACAUGGAGGUUAUUUCAUCCUCGGCAGUGGAGACUCCGUUGGCAGUCCUGAAUUUCUAUUAAAACACGAAGUCAUCAUAGUAACAAUCAAUUUUAGACUCGGUGUUUUUGGCUUCAUGUGCCUAGAUCACCCAGAAAUUUCUGGAAACCAAGGGCUGAAAGAUCAAGUGUUAGCUCUGAGGUGGAUCAAUGAAAAUAUUGAAGCUUUCGGAGGAGAUCCUACACAAAUCACGGUGUUCGGUGAAAGUUCUGGUGGCAUGUCAAUAAAUCUGCAUCUAUUAUCUUCAUACGAACCUUUGUUCCAGAAAGCAAUUAUUCAAAGUGGUCCAGCUGUAAGUCCAUGGGUGUUAGGAGAACCUGACAAUACAGUACCUAUAAGACUUGCAAGAGGUUUAGGUUUCUUUACCGAAGAUAUAUCGGAAGCUCUUAUUUUCCUCUCAUCUGUUAAUCCCCAUAAAUUAGUUGAAUUAGCUCAUGGACUGAAAUUAACAAACUUUAUGACCCUGGAGAGCACGCCAGUAACAAUACCUUGUGUUGAGAAGAAUAUUGAAGGUGUUGAACAUUUUAUUACAGAAUAUCCCAUGAACAUAAGAUCGACUAAACUAAGAACUGUACAAGUUAUAUUUGGCAACUCUGCCAAUGAAAUGCAUAUGGGAUACGCUAAUGAUGAGGUUGAGGGAUUUUUGGACUAUAGUCUUAAUGUAGUUCGGACAAUAUUUGACUUGGGUGAUAAUUUAGAAGAAGUCUUGGAUGACAUCAAACACUUCUAUAUAGGAGAUGACAAAGCAGGUGAAAGUACAAAGGUCGAAAUAACAAACUUUGCAUCAGAUAUAUUUUUUAACCAUCCUACUGAGAAAAUGGCAGAUAGACUUUUGGAAAUUGGGGCUAGAACUGUGUACAGAUAUAUUUUCUCCUACAGUGGUGAUAGAAAUGUGAUAACGUUAAGGUUGAACGUGAAUGCGACAGGAGCAGUUCGAGCUGAUGAACUUGGAUAUUUGUUUGACAGCGAUGAACUCACUGAUGAUAUUACUCCUGACGAUCAGAUCAUGAUUGAUAGAAUAACAACGUUAUGGACGAAUUUCGCUAAAUAUGGAAACCCAACACCUGCAACUUCAGAGCUACUCCCAAUUAAAUGGGAACCUAUAACCAGAACUACACAGCCUUACCUCAAUCUAGAUUCGGACCUAACUCUUGAAGCCAGACCUUUCCAUGACAGAAUGGCUUUCUGGGAUAUUUUCCGUAAACUGCAUAGAAACCAACAUAGAUGGAACCAAAUUUCUGGAAUGUAAUUUCUAUAAGGCAUUGUUAUUAAACCACUAAAAAUAUGUAUAAUCAUUGGUUAUUGUUUAUUGUGUAUUAUAAUACAAUUAUUUAAAUAAAUUUUUUAGCCACAAAA